AUGAAGGCCUCGCUUUUCUCCCUCGUUGCCGCUCUGGCGAGCACGGCCACUGCCCAGGUCCAGGGCAAGGCCUUCGGUUUCGCUGCCGGAACCACUGGUGGUGGUUCAGCCGCGCCUCAGUACCCUUCCAGCAUCGCUCAACUCAAGGAGUGGCUCACUGACAGCACGCCCCGAACGAUCAUGAUCGAUCGCACAUGGGACUUCCGCAACACCGAGGGCACGACCAAGGGCAAGUGUUGCAGCGAUAACCGCACGACCAAGUGCCCCGGCGGCACGUCCAAGGGUCAGGCUUGGAUCCAGGACACCUGCGAUGCCGCCAGCGGAACCUGGAUCGACUGCACGUAUGACAACGCAGCAAAGACCCCCAUCGACAUCAACAGCAACAAGAGCAUCGUCGGUGUCGGUUCCAAGGGUGUCAUCAUUGGCAAGGGUCUCCGAGUCCGCGGCGGCAAGAGCAACGUCAUCAUCCAGAAUGUGCACAUUACGAAUCUGAACCCCCAGUACGUCUGGGGUGGUGAUGCCAUCACCCUCGACGGCUCUGACAAGGUCUGGAUCGACCACUGCAAGAUCUCCCUCAUCGGCCGCCAGUUCAUUGUCUCUGGCUGGGGUGCCGCCGGCAAGGUGACAAUCUCCAACACCGAGUUCGACGGCAGAUCCGAGUGGUCGGCCGGCUGCAACGGCAAGCACUACUGGACCCUCCUCCUCAUCGGCGCCAAGGACCACUACACCUUCUCCGGCAACUGGCUGCACGACGUCUCGGGCCGCUCGCCCCAUAUGGGCACCAAGAACACGGCCGGCAGCGAGAACCUCUUCCACGGCGUCAACAACUACUUCCAGAAUGUCGGGGGGCACGCCUUCGACAUUGACGGCAACACCUGGGUCCUGCUCGAGGGCAACUACUUUGACUCCGUCACCACCCCCGUCACUCCCGCCACCUUGACCAACGGCGGCAACAUUUACAUUGUCAACACCGUCGACGAGGCCUCGCGCUGCACUUCGUCUCUGGGAUACAUCUGCGAGUGGAACCGCGCCCGCGACUCGGGCGUGGUCAGCAGCCUCACCAGCGCCGCUGCUUUGUCCAAGCUGGGCGGCUUCAAGUCCUCGCUCAUCGGCCACAUUGGCGUUGCCGAUGUCCCCGCCAAGGUGAAGGCCAACGCUGGUGUUGGCAAGACCACGAGCACCAACGCUUGA